CUUUCUUCUGUGACCCUGAGGUGAUCAUCUGGGUUCAAGCACUGAAUUCAUGAUCAGGAGUCCUGGGCUGAACUCCAGACUUGACUGCAGAUGGGUAAGUUGCUGUGCCUCAGCUUUUUCUGCCUUUAAAAUGGGGGCAGCACCAAUGUCAGCAAAGUGUUGUGGAGCUCCUGUAUUCAGGCACACCACAGUGUUUCGUCAGUGGAUGAAGGAGGAGGACAACGCUAUUUGCAAGAAAAAAGGUGAAGUAACCAUCUGUAAUAUUUUGUAUUUUAUGCUGGUUUAUUUCCUAGAAAUUACUGCAGGCUGAAAUCAGAGUUGCACCCCACAUUAAAAAUAAAAUAUUGGGGAAAUGCCUUUCACUUUUUGCACUGUAACUGAUAGAAGCCAACAAGGGAAAGGUUAUUUGUAUCUGAAGGUAGAUUAUUGAAGUCAGUCUGCUCAGAGAAGUGCAAUGUCAUCCUUUUUUUUUUUUUUUUUUUUGGGGGGGUGCACAGAAGCAGUCUGGAAGCUGGUAAGGAAACCCUUCAUUAGAAACUGGAUUCUUAUGUGAAACAGAGUCCCUUUAAAGCCCAGCCCAUAUCAAUGUGACUGCUCCCCUCAUCAGGGUCCCUUUAGCAAUGCUACAGACCAGGUACCGUCAGUGAAAGUGGGACAGAGUGAGCACUGCCAUAUGUAACACCUUUUACAGAAGUGUCAAGAACUCCUGUUCAAACUGAGCUGAAAUGGAAGAAGUUCCAAAAGGAAUGAACCUAUUCAGAGGCAGAAGCCCUUUAGAACGGCACUAAACAACCCACUUCUUCACUCCCUUAUGCUUCAGGGAAAGGGUGGGAGGGGCAGAGGGACAACAAGAGGACGUGAGAUUUUUGGAACAGCACCUGUAAUUUUAUGAAACUUUUCUACAUCUAUAUCCAUGUAACAAGAAUAGGUACUUGCCACAACUUGUCAUAUAUGGAUGACUUUUAAAGGAUGUCUCUUCCCAGAUUUAAAUGUUACAAUCUGUUAGGGCAUCUUCAUUCUCUGGUUUUGACAUUUUUAGCAAUGGUUUAGGCAGCCUUUACCCAUAAAGGUAUGACAAUGGGGUGUUUGUUAAACCUAUUUUCACAGUCUCCAAAGGGGUUAAUUUGCAAAAAUCCAGGGAGCUGUUGUUCACCAGGCCCUUGCUCCUCCCCGUCCUCCUCUUCCCAAAGAGGAAAGCUUUGCAUGGCGUCCUCGCACUGACACUAAAGUGACCAACCUGUUGCCAGUGCCCAUCAUGGACUGUGUGUACCUGAAUGCACCCAAGCCUUACGCACAGCGUGCAUCACCAAACACCAGUGCACGCUGUUAUUUGUCAUCACCUACCCCCUACGGGGCUGUCCCCAGUGGGAAGCAAGGCUUGCCAGCAGGGCGUUCUCCAUCUUCAGGCCCCAAAGAUGAGGUGCAUGCUGGGCAGCCACUCUUGGAAAGUCACUCCUCAUCGGGUGCAUCAUCCAUACAACUCAACCCUGUCAGGGCAGAUCCCAGUAGUAAGGCUGGAAUGAAUUCCAGUCAUGAGACGAAGGCGGAUAAAAAGGUCAGCAAACUAUAUGUAGCUUGUUUAUCUAACAGCACUUGCUCAGGCGCAUCUCAAAAUUCCACUGGCACCACACAUGACCCGGCAGCCAGCACCAGUUUGGGCGCUGAGCUCACUCAGGCACCAGCCACCAACAUUGUUCCCUCUGUAACAGACACUGAAAAGUCUCUUCCUGCUGCUCCUCCUCCUCCUAUUCCUCCCAGGCCGUACUUUUACAUUGUCCUCAGCAAAGACGCAGUUAGUUAUGGUGCAGGCCAGCCCUCCCGGACUCAGCCAUCACCUCCGCAAGCUGUGAGGGACAGAGUGCUAGAGCCCCAGAGCACAGCUGCCACAGAGGACAGGAUGAGAAAAGAGCCUUACCUUACUCAGCAGCGACAGCCACCAUACAAGGCAAUGGGACGCAGCAUGGAUGCCACUGCCACCACCUCAGCUCAGCCUGGAGUUAUAGUAGUCCCCCUCCUUCAGGUUAAUCCAGACAGACAACAAGAAGGCAGCUCCAGCACUCCACCACCGCCUCUGGUUCCUUUCGGGCAAGGCUCCGUAUUCCCUGAGAUUGUUCCUCCUGGCUCACCCUUGACUUUUCCAACUCUAGACGAUUUCAUUCCCCCACAUCUCCAGAGGGGCUCCCACCAUAACCAAGCACCCUCCACAUCUGGCACAUUACCCUCUGUUUACCCGAAACUGCCAUUCUUCUCAUCACCACCUUCACUUGUCCCUCCAGUCACGGGGGCUUUGCACAGGGGCUUGAAGCCUGAAAUCACUGGAGUCAUCUCACAUACAGACCCAGGUCCUGUGCUAAAUGAAGUGCCCCAGCCUGGCACUGACUAUCCAACCUCCAUCACUUCCAUCAGCAAGUCUGCCUCUGCCUAUCCUUCUACCACAAUCGUCAAUCCCACUAUUGUCCUGUUGCAGCACAAUCGAGAACAGCAAAAAAGGCUUAGUAGCCUGGCAGAUUCAGUGCCAGACAGAAUAAUUUCUGAUAGAGUUGAUUCAGCACUUCUGCGGGACAAGCCGGCUCAGGAGACUGUGCCAAGCGAGAAGAGGGCAGUGGAGGAAAAGAGAAGCGCUGUCAGGAGCCCUCCCUACAUGGCUGAUACCUCUGUCGAUGACAUUGGAAUUCCACUGAGGAAUACAGACAGAUCGAAGGACUGGUACAAGACGAUGUUCAAACAGAUCCACAAGCUAAAUAGAGAUGAAGAUUCUGAUUCAUUCUCUCCACGUUAUUCCUAUUCUGAGGACAGCAGAACCCAAGUUCCCCGCUCCAAGAGUGAGAUGGACAAUAUUGAUUCAGAGAAGGUUGUGAAGAGGUCUGCCACUUUGCCACUGCCAAACCGUGCUUCAGCACUGAAGUCAAGCCCAGAAAGGACUGACUGGGAGCCUCCAGACAAGAAGGUGGACACCAGAAAAUACCGUGCAGAGCCCAGGAGCAUUUAUGACUAUCAGCCAGGGAAGUCCUCUGUUCUGAACAACGAAAAGAUGACUCGGGAUAUAAGCCCAGAAGAGAUAGAUUUAAAGAAUGAACCUUGGUAUAAAUUCUUUUCGGAAUUGGAGUUUGGGAAACCGCCUCCAAAAAAGAUUUGGGAUUAUACUCCUGGAGAUUGCUCUAUCCUUACUAGAGAGGAUAGAAAGAGUGAUCUAGAAAAAGACCUCUACCUCUACCAGACUGAGUUAGAGGCAGAUUUAGAAAAAAUGGAGAAGCUUUAUAAAGCACCACAUAAAAAGCCACAGAAGAAUACAGCAGGUGUUACUCCUCUGGAAACUUCCACAGACCAUUCUUCCUACUCCACUUAUUCACCCAACUACCAUGCAGUGAAGAGGGAGUCAGAGCUAGCUGUGGGGGACCCUGCUGCCUUGGAGAAUGAAAGGCAGAUUUACAAGAGUGUGCUGGAAGGUGGAGAUAUCCCAUUCCAGGGGCUGAGUGGUCUCAAGCGACCUUCGAGUUCUGCUUCCACAAAAGAUUCAGAAUCACCAAGGCAUUUUGCACCAGUUGAUUACAUGGAAACUCCAGAAGAAAUCCUCCGCAGGCGGUAUGAUGAUAAAGAGAAACUUUUAGAGGACCAGAGACGGCUUAAACGUGAGCAAGAAGAAGCUGAUAUUGCCGCUAGAAGGCACACAGGGGUUAUUCCAACGCACCAUCAGUUUAUCACUAAUGAACGAUUUGGGGACCUCCUAAAUGUAGACGAUACUGCAAAGAGGAAAUCUGGGUCAGAGAUGAGACCUGCUAGAGCCAAGUUUGACUUUAAAGCACAGACACUAAAGGAACUUCCUCUGCAAAAAGGAGAUAUUGUUUACAUUUACAAGCAGAUUGACCAGAACUGGCUCGAAGGUGAACACCAUGGCAGAGUUGGCAUCUUCCCACGAUCAUACAUAGAGUUCCUUCCACCAGCUGAGAAGGCUCAACCCAAAAAGCCAUUACCAUUGCAAGUAUUGGAAUAUGGAGAUGCUAUUGCUAAGUUCAACUUCAAUGGGGAUACCCAAGUGGAAAUGUCCUUCAGAAAGGGUGAAAGGAUCACAUUGAUUCGACGAGUGGAUGAGAACUGGUAUGAAGGAAGAAUCUCUGGCACCAGUCGCCAAGGCAUCUUCCCCGUCACUUACGUGGAGGUGCUCAAACGGCCAGUGGUCAAGAACGCCGUUGACUAUCCCGACCCACCCGUGUCCCUCUCCCCCAGCCGCAGCAUGACAGCUUCACCACAGCCUUCCCACCAUUCAUUGAGAGCUGGACCAGAUCUCACAGAGUCUGAAAAGAGCUAUGUGCAACCUCAAGCACAGCAGCAAGGAGCCAGCCCUGAGCGAAGUCAAACACCACGAGACAUAGUUAGCUACCAAGCCCUCUACAGCUACACUCCUCAGAAUGAUGAUGAGCUGGAACUGAGGGACGGUGACAUUGUUGAUGUCAUGGAGAAAUGUGAUGAUGGCUGGUUUGUGGGUACAUCCAGGAGAACAAGACAAUUUGGCACCUUCCCAGGCAACUAUGUGAAGCUUCUGUACCUGUAAAGUAACAGUGAUCCCACCAUGACAAGGAUGGUGGGAUUCCUUUCCAGAUGGUGUUUUUAAACAGUGAAGAAACAGACAAUUUAUGAAUGUAAUAGACAAGAGAUGAGAAGUGUUAGGAGGAUGUGGUUAUGUGGUACACUAUUGAGUUGAAUGUGUAGCCCUGCUUCCGUGGAGUCAGGGUGUGAUUUGUUUGCUGAAGAAGAGACAGUUUCUAGUUUACAGUGCUGCCUUUGUGUAUUCCUCUCCCUUCCCCAGUAAGAGUUUUGAUGAUAAUCUUAAUUUGUACGGAGUACUUACCUCUGAGAAGGCUUCAGGGAAGCACAUGGUAUAGGUUUUGUUUGUGUGUUGAGAUAGGGUAGUGCUUUGGCAGUACUCAGCCCCGCAGCUGCUCAUGUUGGUUGGCACAGGAGCUCAGGAGCAGGAGUUCAAGAAACAGGCUUGCUGCCCAGUUGCUGCCUUGCUGAAAACUCACUUUUCUCUGCCUUCCAUUUCCAUAGAAAACCUUUCCUUCAUGUCAUGCAUCUUAAGACCCAGCAGAGGCAGAGGACAGCUGAUACCAUUGAAUUGCAGAGCUCUGUGUGGAAAAGGAGUUUGGGACUGGUGGUUUAAUCCAGAGAGGUCAGCCAAAGCAUAAGGCAAAUGCGCAAAAAUCCGAAACCCUUCAAUAACAUAUUACUGAUCUCUGCAGGGUUUUUUCUUUUGUGCAGGGUGUGUGUGUGUGAAUGUAUUGUGUGCAAAAUUAACUGAGUCCUGUUUUUUUAAAGAGAAAUCAGCCUAGCUUUGACAUUUAUCUGCACAAAGAGUAGAACCAAUAAACAGAACAUCCGUGGGGGCAGAUCCUGUUUGUGAGUCCUACGGCUGUUCACUUUCUCUGCUCCUCUUGCCCUGUCACUGGCCCUAAAGGAUCACACACCUUUUCCAGUAUAUACUUUGUGAUGAAAUGCUGGGACUUCUUUCCCAGCAUUAAAACUUAGAGGGUCUGAUAAAUCUGAACAACGUAUCACUGAGGGUGCCUUUUUUUUUUUUUUUUUCCAUUUUGGUUACAGUGUUGAUGGUAGGUCAAAUAAAUACAUGAAUUUUGGCUGUCUCUCAGUCAUACAAAAAAGUCUAAUCAAUUUGGAAAGCCAUUCCCAGCAGUUAUUACCAGUUACAUAGAUUUGUAUUUCCUUAAGGGGAAAAAAAAAACCAAAUCCAUGGCUUGGCUGUAUGUUUGCUUGUAAAUCCACUAUGGAUACUCUUUUGAUAGAUUUUUUGUUAUUAAGAAAAAGCAUAAACAAAACCAGUUCUAUCAGACUCUGCUUCCUACAAUUGCCGUACAAAUAGCAAAGGGUAGAUUGCUAUUUUGUCAUAAGCCGUAUUUAAUAAUAUAAAAUGCCUAUUUUUAUGCUGAUGCUUUUAUACAGAUUUAUUAAGAGUAAACUACAACUAACUGUUAGCACGACUUGCAAUGUUUUGAUAAACUAGCCAUGCUCCUGGGUUUGAAAUCUAGUUAGGCUUGUCUUCCGUCUCAGUCAGCGGAAGAGAAGACUCUGUGUCUCAGAAGUUUGACUGUAAAUAUGUAUAUUUAACUUUGUACAGACAAUGUACUUACCUUGUAUAGAGAAAUAAUUUAAACACAUUGAGUGAAGGGAGGGGAAAAAAGGCAGUUGUGAAAGGUUGGGAUUUUUUUCCACUUUAAUUUAAGUGAUGGAAUUCCAUGUAUGUUCACAUAAAGAGUUUUAGCACAAAAUAUUCAUUAUGAAAGGUUUCAGAUAUGACACAAAGCACCACUGUUUAUUUUCUGCAGGAGGUAUCUUGAAUCCUGCAUCUUAUUUAUAGGUUAGUUUUUCUGCUUUGGGUUUGCCCUCCAGUUAUUUGCAAGAAUGUUUAGGCCUGUUGGGAAGAUUGGAUAACACCAAAUAAAUCUAUCAAGCAAAGUAACAUGUUGAUAUUGAUUGUAUAUAACAUACCCAUUUAAAAGUUAAUUUUCUGUUCCUGCUCUUACCAGGUUAAGUUAAACACAAACACACACACACACACACAACACACAUAUCACACAAACUGCAACUUCUUUUUGUGUUGAUUUUUUGUUUCUUAUUGCAGUGGAUUACUAUUUGGCAAUUAAUAAAUGGAAUUAUUGAAUUACUAUUGUGUUCCUUGUACAAAUUAUUAAAUAAAAUCUACUCUGGUUGUUCCUGUA